CUAUAGGUACAUGUGCAUCAUUUACACCUGUGCUUAAGUUUGCCAUGGUGUACCACAGGGGUAAACUCCCUACGAUGACCUUCAGCUGGAGCCUAUAUUUUUUGGUUUUCGUCGGAUACCUCGCUGUCACAAAUGCAAGUCAUUUUCGCUUUGCAACAUUUAGCUGGAAACCGGUAGGACCAAUAGUCAACAGUAUGCAAACGGUUGAACUUCAGUACAGGAUUGGUUGGGCUAGAGUUUCUACUGAGGGCGGAACGUGUGAUGCCCAGCUUAUUCAGGACGGUACAGAAUUCAGGGGUCGAAAAAUUAAAUGUGAGGGCGAUUCAUGUACGACGUAUGACGAACUAGGUCGCACCACUGAAGCCUGUACCGAUGUUAGUAUACGUGAUAACUGGAUGUCUGGCCAAGGGUCCUCAUCGUGGACAUUUCCUAUCAACAACGAUUAUGCAUAUGGAAUUACAGUGAGUACUGCUUGGCCGGAGAAUGUGGGAACUGUGGAUAGACAGGCAGUAGCUGCAUUCAGCAUGGAUCUCGUGAUGAGAGGUGACACUGUAAACUCUUCACCGAAGACUACUAUGCUUACCCUAUUGAAACUAAGGCAAUCAUGCGAAACAGUUAUUCGUAUUCCAGUGUAUGACGCGGAUGGUGAUGAUGUCCAAUGCAGAAGAGCUACUGGACAGGACGAAUGUGGCAGUGUGUGUGACAGUCUGACUGAUGCCACAAUAAGUUCGGAUUGUGUUCUUACGUUCACACCACCGGAUGUUGGUCGUCUGGCAUAUGCGGUGACAUUGAUAGUAGAAGAUUACUCAGCCGGGGUAGCGCUAAGUAGAAUCCCUCUGCAAUUCCUAAUUAACGUUUUUGAACCUACCGUAAAUGAUAAUUGUAAUGAUAAGCCAACAUUCAUUGAUGAUACACCCCUUGAUCAAUCUGAAUAUGGAGUUAUUACUGAUGGCACUCUGACUUUGAAAAUAACGGCAAUGAGCUCAGCAGACGGCGCAACUAUUGUGGCAAUUGAUACAACGUCUCCAUUAAGAAUGUUCAAAUCAGAACUUAUGACUACGGAAAACACUCAGAUUUCUUACGUCGACAUCACAUACACACCUACUAGCAACAACUCUGUUGAACAAUUUUGUUUCACUGCGGAGGACAGCUACGGACUUACAGCAAAUUUGCGUUGCUUAACUGUUUUUACUGGAGCCAAAAGUUUAGGGAUAAAUAUUGACUCAUUGGUUCCUCCAAGUGGAUCGCAGAUAACACUGUCUAAUGACAUCACAUUCGUCAACUUUAGUGUGCAGUUUGAUUCAACGGUUAACAGACCCUAUUCGACAGCGUUUAUUCGUUUCUUUAACGAAAGCAACAAUCAGGAGGUACUGGCUAUAGAUACAUCGACUUCAAGCGAUGUAUCGUUUGAUGGAAACAACACAGUACGUUUUAAGGUAGCGUCGUCAACACUCGCGUUUGGUAGUUAUUAUAUCCUGAUGGACUCUGGGACAGUAAUGAACCUAUUGAAUCCAUUUGUUGGAUUCAGUGACACCAGCUUCUGGACGUUCCAAAUCUUAGAUCCUGGAUCUUCGUGUGCUAUAAACCCGUGUAUGAAUGGUGGGACUUGCUCAGACGACGAAGACAGCUUUCAGUGCGAAUGUCCGUUCUCUUGGACGGGAGAGACUUGCGAAACAGCCCAUCAAUUUUGUCGAGUGUACGGCACAAGUCAUGUUAUGCCAUUCGAAGGCGAAACCUACAGCCUCAACAACCCAUGCCAAUACACUCUGUUGGCUAGUAACUGUACAGGAAUAACAGAUCCCGAAAACUCGUAUAAAAUAACAGGAAUUCAUGAAGAAGAAAACGAAUAUACUGCGUCAUUAUCAAGUGUUAUAAUUGAAGUCCUGGGAAUGACGAUCCAAUUUUAUCGAGACUUAUCGCUAAGCAUUAACAAUAGGUCAUCGGCAACUCCGGCUUCACCAGUCGAUGGUUUACAGAUAAACAACAACGGUGGAAAUUUGAUUUUAUACACAAACUUCAGCUUAAUCGUGGUAUUAAGCCAGGAGGGAAAUCUACUGCUGUCAGUUGAUGAUGGCAGCACAGCAGAAGUGUGUGGUCUAUGUCGACCAUACAACGGCUCAAACUAUGUUGCAUCCAGUGGAAUGGUGGAUGAUUUUGAGUUGUUUCUCGAAAGUUGGAGUGCGGAGAAUUGCUCGCUAUCGAUGAAAAACUGUAGUGGUAAUGUAGCAGAUGAAGAAUUAUCAGCUGCAUGUUCAGUGAUAUCAAGUGAUGCGUUUGCGGACUGUCACUCUCUUGUACCCUUUGAACCGUUCCUGGACAGUUGUCUAUAUGAUGUCUGCGCAAGUGGUGGAAGCACUGGAAACUGCAGCGUGAUCGCAGCAUACCAACAGGCAUGUACGCAGUAUGGUAUUACAGUUGGUGAAUGGAGAACUGAUGGAAGCUGUGGAAAUAACACAUUGGGUCGCAGAGAAAAAAGUUUGGGAAGCGAGGCUGUAUACUGCUACACUAUUUUAUACACAAACUUCAGCUUAAUUUUGGUAUUAAGCCAGGAGGGAAAUCUACUGCUGUCAGUUGAUGAUGACAGCACAGCAGAAGUGUGUGGUCUAUGUCGACCAUACAACGGCUCAAACUAUGUUGCAUCCAAUGGAAUGGUGGAUGAUUUUGAGCUGUUUCUCGAAAGUUGGAGUGCGGAGAAUUGCUCGCUAUCGAUGAAAAACUGUAGUGGUAAUGUAGCAGAUGAUGAAUUAUCAGCUGCAUGUUCAGUGAUAUCAAGUGAUGCGUUUGCGGACUGUCACUCUCUUGUGCCCUUUGAACCGUUCCUGGACAGUUGUCUAUAUGAUGUCUGCGCAAGUGGUGGAAGCACUGGAAACUGCAGCGUGAUCACAGCAUACCAACAGGCAUGUACGCAAUAUGGUAUUACAGUUGGUGAAUGGAGAACUGAUGGAAGCUGUGAUUUUGAAUGUGGAGGUUACUCGGAAUAUUCUGCUUGCGAGGACCCUUGUGUUAGGACUUGUCCAGUCUCUCAACCAGUUCCUGAAUACUGUGAUCUGCCUUGCUUAGAAAGCUGUGUCUGCGAACAGAACUACAUCCUCAAUAAUGGCGCAUGUGUACCAGUAGAAGACUGCGGAUGUGUGUACGAAGGAAACUACUAUCCAGAAAGCACAUUCUUACUCUCAACUUGUGUUGAAUGCACAUGUGGUGAUGGGAAUGCCAUGUGUGGCAAUGAAUCAGUCUGCCACGUGAAUGCAUCGUGUCUUAUUGACGACAAAAAACCGGGAUGUUAUUGUAAUGAAGGCUAUGAAGGAGAUGGCUUAAACUGUUUAGGACCAGACACGAUAGAACCAGAAAUUACAUGUCCUACAAAUGUUACAUCUGAAAACUUUACUCCGGAAGUAAAGGCCGGUUUUCUAACAGUUUCAACUGAUGAGGGUAAGGAUUAUGCAACUGUGACAUGGAACCCACCAAUUGUCAGCGAUAACCGCAACGGAACAAUUAAUGUGACCGUGUCACCUUAUCAAUCAGGAGACAGGAUUGCUGAUACGGUUAAUAAGAUUACCUUAACCUUCACUGCUACCGAUGAAGCUGGAAACUCGGCAUCUUGCGAUUUCUGCUUCUUCAUACUCGAUGAUGAACGACCAAAUAUAGAAUGUCCUGAAUUGAUUGAGAGGACUGCACUGUCUGGAAAUAACAACGUUAGCAUUAACUAUGACAUUGUCGUCAGUGAUAAUGUGCUAGUCUCUAUGUUAAAUUCUAAUUACAGUGACCUUUCAAUUGCCAGCAGUGCCCUUGGCUACUUUGUGGAUGAAAAAUUAGAAACCAUCCCAACAACAGGAAUUUUUCCUGUUGGUGAAACCGUUGUGAUGUACAUUGUCUCGGAUACCCGCAGCCCAGUUGCUAAUAUGAAUAAUUGUUAUGUAACUGUUGUAGUUACGGAAGACACGAUAGAACCAGAAAUUACAUGUCCUACAAAUGUUACAUCUGAAAACUUUAAUCCGGAAGUAAAGGCCGGUUUUCUAACAGUUUCAACUGAUGAGGGUAAGGAUUAUGCAACUGUGACAUGGAACCCACCAAUUGUCAGCGAUAACAGCAACGGAACAAUUAAUGUGACCGUGUCACCUUAUCAAUCAGGAGACAGGAUUGCUGAUACGCUUAAUAAGAUUACCUUAACCUUCACUGCUACCGAUGAAGCUGGAAACUCGGCAUCUUGCGAUUUCUGCUUCUUCAUACUCGAUGAUGAACCACCAAAUAUAGAAUGUCCUGAAUUGAUUGAGAGGACUGUACUUCCUGGAAAUAACAACGCUAGCAUUAACUAUGACAUUGUCGUCAGUGAUAAUGUGCUAGUCUCUAGGUUAAAUUCUAAUUACAGUGACCUUUCAAUUGCCAGCAGUGCCCUUGACUACUUUGUGGAUGAAAAAUCUGAAACCAUCCCAACAACAGGAAUUUUUCCUGUUGGUGAAACCGUUGUGAUGUACAUUGUCUCGGAUACCCGCAGCCCAGUUGCUAAUAUGAAUAAUUGUUAUGUAACUGUUGUAGUUACGGAAGACACGAUAGAACCAGAAAUUACAUGUCCUACAAAUGUUACAUCUGAAAACUUUAAUCCGGAAGUAAAGGCCGGUUUUCUAACAGUUUCAACUGAUGAGGGUAAGGAUUAUGCAACUGUGACAUGGAACCCACCAAUUGUCAGCGAUAACCGCAACGGAACAAUUAAUGUGACUGUGUCACCUUAUCAAUCAGGAGACAGGAUUGCUGAUACGGUUAAUAAGAUUACCUUAACCUUCACUGCUACCGAUGAAGCUGGAAACUCGGCAUCUUGCGAUUUCUGCUUCUUCAUACUCGGUGAGUUUACAAGAAAAGAAAUACCUCUUUAA